AUGUUUCUCACUGACUUGAGAGAUAAACUUAAUGCACAUCCAAUGCCUCUGACCUUCAUUUUAGAAAGGCAUAAAGGGAUACUUGAAGGUGUUCAAGUUGUGUCCCCUAAAGCACAUCACAGAUAUUGUUGGAGGCACUUAUAUUCGAAUUUCAAGAAACACUACAAGGGACAAAAACUGUAUGCCUCACUAUGGAAUGCAACAAAAUGUUACAAAAUCAAGCAUUUCCAGAAACACAUGGAAGAGAUAAGGCAGGAAAAUCCCUUGGCUGUGAAGUACCUAGAAGAUGCUGGUGUUGAGUCUCGGUCUAGGACUUUCUUUGAUGACACUAGUAAAUGUGAACACCUAAACAAUAACUUUAGUGAGUCCUUCAAUUCCAUGGAAAAAAAUCUUAGGGACAAACCAAUCUGUAAACUAUUAGACCUUUACAAUCAGAUGGUUAUGGGUCUUUUUCACAAGAGAACGACAGAGAGUACAACAUGGAAUCCUAAAAAAUUGGUUCCAAAAGCAAUGAAAUUGAUUGGGAAGAUGUUAAAGUUAGUUGGUGCAUUUGAUGUUCUACCAUCUGUUUUGGGAAAAUUAUAUGAGGUUACAAAUGUAGGUAGCAAAGCAGUUUUUGUUGUUAACUUGGAAACAAAACAAUUUAAUUGUCUUCAAUGGAAAAUGAGAGGUUUUGUUCGCCAGCAUGCAGUUUGCUAUUUGAAGUCAUUGAGGCCAGAUUGGACAAACUAA